AUGUCAGAAACUUCAAUUUCUCCACUUGACUUCUAUGAGCUUAAACACGUUAGAACUAUAAAAGAUAACACAUAAGCCCAAAGGAUUCAAAAGAAAAAAACUCUAUUGUAUUAGAAUAAAGAGAUGUUAGAAAAGGAAUAUUAGAUUUUAAAUCAAAGCUGCAAUUGUUCUGACUGUGGCAAAGGCAGCAAAUAUUUCGAGAUCAUUAAAAAACAAUAUCCUUUUAAGGAAUCAAGAUGGCAGAAACGAAAAAGAAUAUUAAAGAGAUUUAAAGCUGUAAUUAACGCAAUAAUCUUCAUCCUCACAUAUAAAAUGGAAGCAAUUAAGAAGUUCAGAAAGAGAAUGCAUCUUCUAAAGGCUGUUCGAAAUUUGACAACUCUAAGAAAGCCUUAGCCAAUUGUUCCAGCCCAUUUACAACCUCAACCUGUCCUUCUAAUUCCUUAAUCACAUCAGUCACAAAGAGUAAAAACAGCUUCUGAUUUUCAUGAUCCUUUCUAUCCUUAAAUUUUAAGUCAUGGUAAAGAGCCAAGAAAAAGUCAAAUAACCUAGUAUAUGACAAAAAUGUUAAAAGAUACCAAUCCCAAAUUAGAAGUUUAUCUUAAACCUUUGAGCAUUUUUAAUCGUAAGUCAUUUCAGUCAUCAAAUGCUAAAUCGAUAACCUAAACUUCAUUUUCGCCUCAUACUCACUCUCAUUUUUAAUCAGGUUUAUUACCGCAAAGUCAUUUUCAUAAAGACUCAAUUAAAUAAAUUAGCAAAGAUUACUACAAAUUGAACAAUAAAGAUCUAUUAAAACUAAUAGAUUCGAUGAAAGUUAAACAUAGGUUGAUUAAAUGUAAAAAAUGA